UCGCUUGGUGCUCCAUCUUUUUUCAGCCCUUCUGCUAGCUGUUACGGGCUAGCCAUUGAGCCCCUGGCUCCUAUAAAUGUGUCCAGAAUGGACAUUUUUUCAUUCUUUUAUACUUUGGAUUCAAUCCUUUCCUUCUUUCCUUUUCCUCCCUUUUUGACUCCAGAUUAUGUGCAACCCCCAUCCACUCUGGAUAAUGCGAACACUUCCUUGUUUAUUUGGAUUCAGUUUUUGACCGGGAGGGAGUUGUUCCAUGAUAUUUUGACUAGGACUAAUGCCAAGGCUGGGGUAGAGAUAUAUACUCCUUAAUUUUUUGCUCGCCAACUUGGUUUUGGCCAAACUUGGCCCGUUCCUCCUUGCUAUUUAAGGAAUUUGAUAGACCGCUUCCACACUAUUAAUAAAACAGAAGCGGAGGCUAUAAAUGCUCGCAACCUUCUUUUGACAAGUAACUUCUCACUAGCCCCCUUCAAUCCUAGCCGUGUCAUCCAUCCUCUUUUUGAACGACUCUAGCCGUCAGUGAAACGUAGAUUGUUCGCGACUGAUGCCAAUCAUGUUUUCCAUUCACUAGACCAGCCAAACAUUUCUUCCACCCCUCCUGUUUUGGUCACUCCUGUGUCCAUUAGAAGUCCCUCUUCUUCUGCUCAUGCUAAACAAUCUGCCCGUCCAUCGACUUCUCUUCCUGCCAAGCCCACUACAGCUAAAAGUGCCCCAAGCUGCAAACGGACAGUUUCAGCGUCUUCCAUUUUGGAAGAUGAUGCUGAUGAUGAUGAUGAUACCCCUCUCAUCGUCAGGAGGAAGAAAAGUUCAAUCUCUCCUUAGAAGGCUUUGGUAUUGGCAGCUCCUGCUCCAUCAUCCUCUGCUGAGGCUGAUUCGUCCAAACCUGCUGAUGAAGGGGCUAUGCUUAAAGAGAAACCUUCAGUCCCAGAAUUUUCAUCACAACCAAUGGACGAGCCACUUUCUUCCCAGGGCGUUGACCCCCAAACGUCGAAGCAGAAGAUGUUCUCAUGAGUUUGCCCGUUGCGGCAAGGUCUUCUCGCUUAGACAAGGGGAAGUCCUCACAAAUGGUGGAGCUAGAGGUGGCAGAUUUGGCUGGAGAUAUGCUACCUUCCAAGAUUGCUGAUGAGGAUGCUGAUAAAAUUGUGCGUUCCAUUCAAGACUUGUUGGCUUCCUGGGGACAAGUCAAAACAUCUCGCCCUACUUCAGCCAAUUGUCCUUCUGCUUCUUCAAAGGAUGAUAUGAAGUUCCUCAAGCAGUCGAUAUUUGAGUAUGUGUCCUUCAUGGAUAUGGACAUCGGUAAGGCUAGUACUGCUAGGCAUAAGGAUAAGCUUAGCAUUUGAAUGCAAAAAUGGAGCAAGCGCUGAUACUUCCGUCGCUCAAUCUUUCUGUUGAUUUUAAAGCGACGUUGAAAGUUAUCUAUUCCGUAGUCUUCUCCUUG